UCAGUCAAUGAAAAUCACGCAGAGCCAAGGUGUUCAUAUUCAUGAAUAAUCGUUGUAGAUGUCACGAAAUGUUGUUUUCCAUUAAAUAAAGUGCAAUAGUCCAACUUAUUAGUUUCAAGAUUUGUUGUCUAUUGCCGGGUUUAACCGGAAAACAAAACAUGUCGACGGAAAAGGAAGAAACGACGAACGGUGCAGAGACCGAGCCGACUGAUGAAAUUGCUGAAAAACGUAUUGGAUGCGCUCAUUACAAGCGCCGAGCCAAAUUUGUGACUCCAUGCUGUAACAAGUUCUACAUGUGCCGCUACUGCCAUGAUGAGAAUGAACAACACUAUUUCAACCGAAAGACAGUGACCGAACUCAUCUGCACAGAAUGUGACACUCGGCAAAAAGUUCAGGCUGUAUGUGAAAGUUGCGGUGUUACAUUUGGAAAGUACACAUGCCUGAUUUGCAAUUUAUUCGACGAUGAAGACAAGAGGCAGUACCACUGCGACGGAUGCGGCAUAUGCCGCGUCGGCGGCCGCGACCGGUUCUUCCACUGUGAGCGCUGCAAUAUGUGCCUUCCGGUGCAGCUGCAGAGGGUCGGACAUCGGUGCGUUGAGAACGUGUCAAGAUCCAACUGCCCAGUGUGCUUAGAGGACAUCCACACGUCCCGCAUCCCGUGCCACAUCCCUGACUGCGGGCACUUGCUGCACCGACCCUGCUUCGAGCAGCUGCUCCACUCAGGACACUACGCCUGCCCCACCUGCCAGACCAGCAUGAUAGACAUGUCCAAUCUAUGGAGUUACCUGGAUUCAGAAGUGGCUGCGACCCCAAUGCCGCCCGAAUACGCAGACUACAAAGCAACUAUUCUAUGCAAAGAUUGUCAUAAGCUAUCAACUGUGAAGUUUCACGUGGUCGGAUUGAAAUGCCAACACUGCGGAGCGUACAACACUUGCCAGACCAACGGUUUUCACAAAGACAAUGGCAACACCUCAGAGAACGCAGACUCAUCUACGUCAACAUCAACAUCAACGAGUAGAAGCGGCUCCUCGUCAGCCGCCUUCACCGAGCCCAGGGCGGAGCCCCCGGCCCAGGACGAGCUCCCGAGGGCCAACCCCCUCGACGAGCCCCCGCAGGCCUGACGACCACUUGGUGAUAGUGAUAGUGAUGUGAUGUGACUCGGUGAUAUUGUGAGGUAUGUCGCGACAUAGCAUGCAACGCGACAUAUACCGCGGGUUUUAAAUCAUACACGUAUUCAAAUUCAAAAAUGUCUCUAUUCAGUAGGUAACAGAGUUACACUUUGAAUCGUCAUUUUUUACAUAACGAACGUCUCAUCCGCCUAAAACUACUGCAGCUUCUCACAACCUGUAUAGCCGGGGAAAAGAAGCUGCAAGAAAAACCUCGGCACGGGGCCCUAGACGUUCUUUUAAAAAUAACGAAAUAUAACUAAACAUCGGAUUAUAUGCAUCAUCAAAAUGCUAAAAGCACUGAAAAUGGCGAAAUAUGCACAAAAUGUGCAUAAUCAAUAAACUUUCAACCACUGCGAGCCACUACAGCAGAUCGAGGGUCUUAUUUGUUGAAUCGCCUUAAACUCAUGUUCGACAAUGUAUACCCAUUUCACGUAGCACAUCAGAACUUGUCAUUUGCAAGAUGAGACAGGUAUAUUUUCGCACGCGAGUUGAAGCGGAGCGUGGUGGACAUAUCGACGGCAUAAUAUAAUGGCCCCGAUUCCGGCAGACACUUCCUAAUUUUACUUUAAGUUAUACUUGUCAAUUUCUUCUCCGCCGAAAAGGAAAGGGACGGAUGAUUGACAGCUCUUAAUUUUAGGAAGAAUGAGUAAAUUAAUAUAACCCGGGCGAAUCAAAAAGGUAUCGAUGGUAUGCAAACCGACGUGACGUGUGCGUAUAGAACUGACAUAAGCCGUUAUGGAGUACAAGAGCGCGCGCGGCCUCGCUCGCACCUACGAGAUUUUUGUAUCGAGUGUCCGCGCUGUGGUUAUUACGGAAUAAAAUGAAACUUAAGCAAUAUUUAAUGUGUUCAAUAGGUAAAUAUUUAACAUUUUUGUUGACUCACUGAUGGGGCUAGUUCUUGGAGUGCAGGGAUACCAGAAUAAAAUGCUUCAAGAUUACUGAAUUUAACUUUUUUAUUACGUCAGCUAUUAAGUAUUACAAAAAUUGUUUGUAGCGCGCGGACGUAAUGUACAUCGUACGCAAUGGUCAAUCGGCGAGUGAGGGGAGAUGGCGGCGGCGCGGGGGCAUCGCGGGGCGCGGGGUGGUUCUCAUUGUGUGCGUAAACACUCACUCCCGUAAUGCUUAAUUGAGGGUUAUGUUCUUGACCGCUAUGGAUAUAUGUACGUCUGUUCUCUCCUAACUUCUAAACCACUUAUCAGAAUUUAACAAAUGAGGUGUCACUAGAAGCAACUUGAUUUUCUGGUUGUUAUAGGCAAUGUUACGUCACUCUACAUUCAAUGUGGCGCCAUUUAGAGGACAAAAAUUGAUGAAGAAAUUUUUUUUUCCCAAUGUAUUUUCCGAUGGAAAAUUCCACUUGUUUGAUAACAAGUGGAAUUUUCAGAAUCAUCCCUCUAAACAUUUGGUUACGAUGUCACUAACAUUCUGUUUAUUUUCGCAUGCGUGAUGAAGGAGGGUGAUUCCAAAAUAAGGCCCCUGAUCGGGUUCAUUGGAAACCCACCCCCAAUUCUCUGGUUAUACACCCAACCUUAUUUGCACAUGUAAGCAAUAAGAAAGGUGUUAGAUUUACACUUUUACUUGUGCAAAUUAGAAUUUGUGCGUUUGAGAUUGUGCAUUAUUAGCAUGUUCAAAGUCGUAUCAUCGUUUUUUUUUUGUAAAUCUAAACUUUAACUAUUGUAUUGUCUGAAAUCUCGGCCUUUGACUUUCGAACUGUCUUAUCCACACUAAUAUUAUAAAUGCGAAAGUAACUUUGUCUGUAACCUUUUCACGCUUAAACGGCUCAAUCGAUUUAGAUGAAAUUUGGUAUAGAGAUAUUUUGAUACCUAGGGAAGAACAUAGGGUAGUUUUUAUUCCGGUAAUCACGGGUCCUAAAGGGAUGACGAGCUCGGUGGCGCGGCGAUAAACGCGCUUGGUCUGCGAUUGUUGAAGUUAAGCAACUUUCGCAAAGGCCGGUCAUAGGAUGGGUGACCACAAAAAAAAAGUUUUCAUCUCGAGCUCCUCCGUGCUUCCGUGCUUCGGAAGGCACGUUAAGCCGUUGGUCCCGGCUGCAUUAGCAGUCGUUAAUAACCAUCAAUCCGCACUGGGCCCGCAUGAUGGUUUAAGGCCCGAUCUCCCUAUCCGUCCAUAGGGAAGGCCCGUGCCCCAGCAGUGGGGACGUUAAUGGGCUGAUGAUGAUGAAAAGGACGCGUGAUAACCGUAAACCACGCGGACAAAGUCGCGGUCCGAAUGCUACUUGCUCAUAAAAUUAAUACUAAGAGGCUCCACGCAAAGGUCAUUUUAUAACAACAACAAAUUCAAGUCACUGUGGUCCAGGGGGAUUAAAAUGGCCACAUCUUUUUUUUUUUGACGUGACUUAUUGUAGAUUUGCCGCAGACGGCAUUAACUACUUGGCCGGACAAAUGGGGAGCGCUGAAGGCUCUCACCCGGUACAACGUUUAAGACAACAGGCCUGAGGGUGCCCAGUUGGGCGCGAACCUCGGCUCAGGGCGUCGUCUGAGAGGAAAAAUAUUUGAAAGAAUUAAUCGACCCCAGUGGGUUGAUAGCGAUAAGCGCUGAUUGAGGGAAUGGCCACAUCGAAGCAAUUCACCUAAAAAGAAAUAUUGCAAUUUACAUUUGCACAUAUAAAAGUAAGUGCGGAAUUCAAACAAAUGUCAAAUAGCAAUAUUGCUUUCUUAGGUGAAUUGCUUCGAUGUGGCCAUUUUAACCCCCCUGUUCUUCUGCCCUCAAACGGGGAGCGCCGGUUCGAACCCCAGUACCGGACUUGCACCAAUGGGUUAUUAAUUUAUCUUAAAUGCAGUUUUCACUAACACAGUUGGUUUAACCGUUAUAGACGGCGAUAUAACUCACCACCUAUCACGUCGGUCUAACAGAAAGCUCGUUGACGUGUGGGUACUUAGUUCAUCUUGCGAUGGAUGUAGCUCUGACUACCCUAAUUGGGAUACAGUCGCGAGCUUACGUUAUGUAAGUAUUAUAAAAUGACCAGCCAAUAUCAUAAUUCCACUACGUAACAAAUCCAUCCAUAUAAAAAUGUAUUUAAAUUAAAAUAUUGGUAAGCUUUUCAAAUUAUUAUCUUAUCAUUGGCUAAGUGAAGGUUUUUUUCUUGAUAUACAAGGUGUUAGUGCAUGUUUUUAACCAUGAGUCUGAGUUGAUAAAUAGUGGAAUCUCCGUCGCAAAAGUAUGGAACUGAAAAUAAUUUCAUAAAUCCGAUAGGAAAUUCCACUUGAUAUCAAUUCAGAAUCAUGGUCUGAAUCAUCCCCCUCAGUAUUUGUCAUAGAGAGAGGGAUGAUUCUGACCAUGAGUCUGAGUUGAUGGAAUUUUCCACCGCAAAGGCAUAGAAUUGAAAAUAAUUUUAAAAAACUUGAAAAUUUUGCGAUGGAAAAUUUCACUUAAUAUUAACUCAGAAUCAUGGGCUGAAUCAUCCCCCUCAGUAUUCGUCACGAUGUCACUAACGCCCUGUAUUACAAUUGUAAAGGUCAUUUUUGUGUGUAUAAAUAAAUAAAAAAAAAUCUAAUUAGACUGCAUAUAAUAAGGUUUGAAAUGUAUCAAAUGAUUUAAUUAUAUAAAUCUUGUUUACAUUGUAAAGCAUGUGUCAAAUUGUCUUUGUCGCAUGUGUCAAAUUGUGUUUGUCACAUGUGUCAAAUUGUCGGGUCUGCACGGCAACCGCGCUGCGAAUUAUGUCGGUUUUCGACCAAUAGACACAACCAAUGCUAUCAAUGUGGAUAGAGGUCGUACUGCUAUUGGUCAAAGGCCUCGAUAUAAUUCGCGCCGCGCGCGGUAGAGUUCUCGUGGCACGAGGGCAGGGCAUUUUAAUGACAAACUUACUUUUAAUAAUGGUGCAGCAAAUAGAUUUUAGCACAAACAUAGCUUUGUAUACACAGAUGGGAAAAGCAAAGUAAAAUGGCCCUGAUUGACAGACACCUGCUAAUUUUAUUUUAAGUUAUACCUGUCAUAUUUCUUAUCUGUCUAAUAGGAAAGGGCCGGAUAAUUGACAGCUGUUCAUUUUAAAAUAAAUUAAAGAAUGAACGGUAACACGCUGGUAUGCAACCUGUUUUUUACGUGUGCUGUCAACUUAAUUUUGUCGGGUUAAAAUUGACGUGUAUUCCGUAAAUUUUAUGCAUGGCAUUUUAUGCAUUACCCGUCCUUUUCCUUUUCGGCAGAUAAGAAAAAGAGAGACAUAACUUAAAAUAAAAAUAGAUGGUGUUUGCAGGAGUCAGAACCAUAGUACGUUAAAGAAAUCUUUUUGAAUGAGCGAUUAUACCUAAGAUAUAAUAUACAUGUAGCAAUUUAAUGAAGCAGUUCUUAUGAAUAUUAUAAUCAUAAUCAUUUUAAUCAAAGUAAUUUUAAUAAAGUUACCAUGUAUUCCAUGUUAUCAGCGAAUACUUAGCUCUUAACUAAAGUUAUACCCUCUGUUGAUUGAAUAUAUAACAUAUUAAUUAUGUGUUCAUUAAAUAAACAUUACCUAUAACAAAUAGUAAAUUAUCCGGAUAAUCCUGAGGGCUUUAUACAAUAAACAUCAGAUGUCGUGGCCAGAUCUUAGAAUUGAUCAUUUCACGAUGUGCUCGAUCAUUUCAUGAAAUGGUCAUAUUUCAUGAAAUAGAAUAAUUCGUUGGCCACAUCAUGAUGUAGUUUGGCCAGAUCAAUGAACACAAAACGAUAUGAGCACCUAUGCAUGAUUACUUCAUGAUAUGGCCAAACGUUGGCAAUCAUAACGUAAAAUUAGUAACAUUAUCCACCGGUUGUGGCCCUGGUGACGAUUACAUUUGAAACUUGAUUGAUAAGUACUUUAAUAGAUGAAUCGUUGUAAUUAUACAAUUUUCCAUAUCGAUUUGGUAAAUAAUUUUGAACCUAAGAAAUUAACCGACUAUUCGCAAUUUCCCCGCAUUAACGAUAUGACCAAACGUCGAUUGAAAUAUCAUUAAACGUUGAUAUGGUCAACUUAGGUUGGCUAUUUCAUGAAAUAUGACCAUUUCAUGAAAUGGUCGAACACGUCAUGAAAUGAUCAAUUCUUAGAUCUGGCCACGACAUAUACAGGAUGUUAGUGACAUCGUAACGAAAACUUUGAGGGAUGAUUGAGACCAUGAUUCUGAGAUGAUAUCAAGUGGAAUUUUCCAUCGCAAAAGUAUGGAACAGAAAAUAACUUAAAAAAAAAAAAACAUUUUUUUUUAUGAAUUUUCCGACUGAAAAUUCCACUUGAUAUCAACUCAGAAUCAUGGUCUGAAUCAUCCCCUUCAGUAUUCGUUACGGUGUCACUAACACCCAUACCUACUUGUAUGGCUACAGUAUGUACUUGUGCGGGGUGUAAGUGACAUCGUAACGAAUACUGAAGGGGAUCAUUCAGCUGAUUAUUUUGAGUUAAUAUCAAGUGGAAUUUUUAAUCGCAAAAGUAUAGAAUUGAAAAUAAUUAAAAAAAAAAACUAAAAAAAAACAUGAAUUUUGCGACGGAAAAUUCCACUUGAUAUUAACUCAGAAUCAUGGUCUGAAU